CUGCGGAAGUGUGCACAGUGUUGUAAACAACAAUCGAGUCAUCGAGUAGCGUUAGGAAUGAAAACCCCCCAUUUAAAGUGCUGAAUGGUAACGUUUUUGAAAAAAAAUUAAAAAGUCAGUGGUGUAAUGUCGCAAGUAAUGCUUUAAAGUGAGCAGGUACGGUGCUGUGUGUAGCCAGCAUGCCGUAUCUGGGCAGCGAGGAGGCGGUGAGGGAGCUGAGGAGAGCUCUGUCCAACCCCAACGUCCAGGGUGACCAGCUGCGCUACAGGAACACCAUCCUCAAAGUCAUCAGAGCGAUGUCCCAGGGGGUGGAUGUAUCUGGCCUGUUCAGUGAGAUGGUCAAAGCAUGUGCCACAGUAGACGUAGUCCAGAAGAAACUGGUCUAUGUCUUCCUGUGUUCCUAUGCCACUUUAAACCCGGAGCUGUCUCUGCUGGUCAUCAACACGCUGAGGAAAGACUGUCAGGAUCCGAACCCCAUGGUCCGCAGCCUGGCCCUGAGGAACAUGACCAACCUCAGGUUACCCAGCCUGGUGGAGUAUGUGGAGCAGCCUCUGACAGCAGGACUGAAGGACAGAGCAGCUUGUGUACGACGAGUGGCUGUACUCGGCUGGGCCAAACUACACAAUCUCCAACCCAGCUCUGAGAUAGAUGCUGCGGUGGUGAACGAGCUGUACACCCUGCUGAGGGACCCAGACCCGGUGGUGAUGGUGAACUGCCUCCGAGCUCUGGAGGAGAUCCUGAAGGAGGAGGGAGGAGUCGCUAUCAAUAAACCCAUCACCCAUCACCUCCUCAAACGGUUGAAGGAGUGUGAUGUUUGGGGUCAGUGUGAGGUGCUGAGGAUCCUCCAGCGCUACCGGCCUCAGUCAGACGACGAGCUGUUUGACAUCCUGUCCCUGCUGGAUGCCUCCCUGGUCAGCCCCCACCCCCCGGUCAUGGCGGCUACCCUCAGCUUCUUCCUCAGCCUCUGCUCCGGCCUGCCUGCUGUCAAUCUGGCGGCACUGGAGCGAGUGCGCGCGCCCCUGCUGGCCGCCUGCGGCAGCGUAUCCAGGGAGAUGAGGUUCACCGCCCUGUGCCACAUCCAGUUGCUGUUGCGUUCUCUCCCUGGCCUGAUGGGGGCGCACUACAAACGCUUCUUCUGUGGCUACGCUGAGCCGGCCUACAUCAAGCAAAGGAAGAUGCAGGUGCUGGUGGAGCUGGUGAAUGAUGAGAAUGUAGCAAUGCUACUGGAUGAGCUGAAAGGAUACUGCACUGAUGUCAACGCCGACACUGCCCAGGCUGCAAUCUCAGCUAUAGGUCGUAUUGGACGGAGCUACAGCGACCGAUGUCUGGAGAUCCUCACUGGGCUGCUCGGGCUCAAACAGGAGCACAUCACUUCUGCGGUGGUGCAGACGAUGCGUGACCUGGUCUGGGUGUGUCCUCAGUGUAGCGACACUGUGUGUUUGGCUCUCGAGGGCUGCGAGGAGACGCUGCAGGAUAGCCAGGGCAGGCAAGCCUUGCUGUGGUUGCUGGCCGUUUAUGGGGAGCGAAUCUCCAGCGCCCCCUACACCUUGGAGGUGUUCAUUGACGGAGUGCGGAGCGAGGCCUCUCUGGGCGUCAAGAUGGAGCUGCUGACGACCACCAUGAGGCUGUUUUUGUGCCGGCCUGCUGAGACACAAGACAUGCUUGGAAGACUGCUGCACUACUGCAUAGAGGAGGAGACGGACAUGUGCGUGCGUGACCAGGCGCUUCUCUACUACCGCCUGUUGCAUUGUGGGACAGAAGAGACGCGAAAGGUCCUCCAGGGUCGGAGGUCAGACCCUUCCCUGGGUGUUCUUAUUGGCCGCCCCGCGGAGCCCAUCAGCCAGUGGGCAUGCAGCUUUAACACUCUGGAGCCCCUGAGGCAGGGCAGCGUGGAGACCGAGUCCGCCAGCAGAGGAAGCCCUGAACAUGUGACCUUUGACCCCAAGCCUAACACUGACCUCUCAGACACACUGGACUGUGGCCAAACUGAGACGGUUCUGUCAGGCUCAGACAGCGGGUGCCCAGACUCCUCUGCUGACGUCUUGGCUUUGAGCGUCGCCGCCCCCCUCAGUUUGUCCCCGUCGCCGACUCUCAGCCCGGAGGAGUUUGAGCGUCUUUGGCUGCAGCGACAGCCUUUGCAUGCUGAGCAAGGUGCUGACAAACUGGAAGAAAAGGAGGAUUAUAUGUGCUCGGAAGAACGCAUCCAGUGCGCUGCGAUACCUCACUGUUCACCACAAAGCCUUCAGGCUGCGAUGCAGCUGGUCAACAUCCAGACACUGGCCUUCACGCCACCUCACACGCUUCCCUGGAGAGUCUACCUGUACACACACACCCAGCAUGCACACCGUGGCGACACGCCCCGCAGCACGCUCAUAGUCGGGGAGCUGCUGUACACUGGAGAGGCUAAUCAGAGGGUAGGAGUAGUAAACAAAGGCAUGGAUGAUGGAGACGUGGUGGAGGGCAGGGAAGAGGAGCAGGUGAAACAGGGAGAGGAGGCCACAGCUGAUGGGCUGAGCGAGACAGAGUCUGUGAGGAAAUAUGGAGAGAAGAUAAUAAAAGUGACUCUGAAGCAGCAACCAAGAGAUGACAAAGCUCUCAAGGGGUUUCUCUCCAUCCUUACAACUGUACUGCAUACAUUGGCCUCAGAGAGGAGUUAAAUAUGCGUUACACACACACACACACACACACACACACACACACACACAUCAUUGUACUUACUGUGUUUCUUUAAGAAGAUGCCCACUGAGCACACUCAUUCCCUAACCAUAACUGUAAAAUAGGGCAAAAAUGCCCUCGCUUUGCAAAGGCUUCACACUCUGAAUUGUCAGGUUUAAAUUGGACUUCAAACCACUUUCGCUUUUCACCUUGCACAUUUAAAGUAUCGGCUGAAAUAAAUGGAGUCUUUACUGGAGUAAAACAUGAUUUAUCAAGACCACAUUCAGUUGGUUAACUUCAGCCGACGGCCAUUAAUCUCUAAAGUUUGCUGUUUUCUCACAAUCAUAGUAAGUGGAUUAAAGAAUAGUUUGGGUCAGGUAAGUGUAGGGCCUGAUGGGGUCACUCACCGAAGCAAAGUCAACUUCUCUUGUUUCCUCUUGGGACUGAAAUAGAAUAAUGUUUACAGACAAGCAUGCCCUGAUGGAAGUAACCACCUCACAGCAUUCACAGGACAUAGAGCUGAACAAGGGCCCUGAAACUUGUUUGUUUUGUUUUUUUACAACAGUGAGCUAAUUGUCAGAGGCUCCCAGAUGUCUAGCCUUACCCCUUGAAUGUAUUUGACAGAUUUUUGUGUAGAGGCUGUCAUGAUAAUAGCAGGCUGAAGGUAAAUGCAAAUACAAACGCAAGAACUUGACUUAAAAUAAUAAAACAUUUGGAUUCCUCCUGCA